AUGUGGGAGGAUCUAAUUCAGACUUCAUAUCUCUUACGUAUGCGUACUACACCCAACACGAGAAACGCGAAAGAAAUUCACUUGUUAUUUUCGCUGUGGUAUAUCUAUAUUUCGUCGUCAAAAUUGAUCUCAGAGGCAAUGGCACUUAUCAAUAAAGUGCUAACUUUGUGGACAAUAUGCUGCAUACUCUUAUUUUCACAAAUGUCACAGUCCAAUGGGAUUAUAAUCAACAAUUGGUUGAUUGUAUUGAUACCAAUGUGCUUUGUGGAUUUUAUUCUACUCAUCACAAGUAUACUGUUCAUGUCUGGAAGACUUCCUCAAAUAUUUGGUGAUUGUGAUGCAGGGAGUAAACUCAAUCGGACAUUGAUAUUUUCCCAGGUGGCGGUUAUUUUGUGGUCACUGUGCUACCUAGUUUUAUAUUCACAAAUUUCGAAGUUCAGUGAAACUAUUUACUACAAUUGGUGCAUAACAAUUGCAUUGAUGUGGUUUCUGGAUAUUAUUCUACUAAUGGGAAUUAGACUGAUCAUUUCUGGAAGACUUACUCAAAUACUCGGUUAUCAUGAUGUGGGAAGAAGAUUCAGUCGGACAGCAACAUUUAGCGUUAUCUUGUGGAAAUUGUCUGUACAGACUGUUCUUUGGGUUUAUUUGAAGGAGAAUAUUGGAGGUCCGCCAUAUGAUCAAUAUCAACUGUCUAGUCGUUUUAUUCAAACUCAACCUUCAUCACAAAAAGAUAUACCUGAGAGGUAUCGCUCGAUUUUCGCAGUAUUUCCACUUUGGACUACCAUUAUUAUAUGUUUAUUAGCAGCGUGCAGUCAGAUUGUAAAUUUCAAUAUGUCAUCACUUUGGGCAUUUUCUGCAAAUGAGUGA